GGGCUCAUCCAGGUGGACCCGUCCCGGAGGCAGGUGCCCCUGAGGCUGCGCCGCGGCGUGCUGGUCGCGCUGCACACGGUCCUGCCCUACGUGCUGGACAAGGCCCUGCUCCACCUGGAGCAGGAGCUGCAGGCCAAUGGCAACGGCGCCCGCCCAGCGCCGGGCAGCCUGGCACCCAGCGGGAGAGGCAGGUCUGGAGCCAGGCGCUGGGUGCACAGCUGCCUCCACCGGCUGCAGGGCUCCUGGUUCUACAUCCACGGCGCCUUCUACCACCUGGCCAAGAGGCUCACCGGAGUCACCUACCUCCGCCUCCACCGCCCACCUGCAGAGGACCUGAGGGCCCGGGCGAGCUACCGGCUGCUGGGCCUGGUCUCCCUGCUGCACCUGGCGCUGUCCCUGGGCCUGCAGCUCUACGGCUUCCGGCAGAGGCAGCGCGCCCAGCGGGAGUGGAAGCUGCACCGCAGGCUGUCUCACCGCAGGAGCCUCACGGAGGAGAGAGCGGUGUCCCGGACCUCGCUGUGCACCCUGUGCCUGGAGGAGCGCAGGCACUCGACGGCCACGCCCUGCGGCCACCUGUUCUGCUGGGAGUGCAUCACCCAGUGGUGCGACACCAAGACGGAGUGUCCCCUGUGCCGGGAGAGGUUCCCUCCCCAGAAGCUGGUCUACCUGCGGCACUUCCGGUGACAGGAUGGACGGACGGAGCCACCGGCAGCCGCCUGUCAGGAGACGUAAUGGAUUCUGACGAACUUGCACAGAAACCGUAAAAUCCUCUGAUUUUUUUAUCACAGGAGAUGCUGCGCCGGCAGCUCAGGAGGACGAGCUGGGCGGCUGGUCCAAGGCUCCCGGCCAGGUUCAGGCAGGGGCUCCGCUCAGUUCAGUUCCCACCGGCCCCGUGGCAACCCCCUCGCCCCGCAGUGCCAGGCGGUGGCUCUGCAGGGACUCGCUCCCCGAGGCCAGGUCCUAGGCCCUCCCUUCCCCAGACCACAGAGCUGAGGACACACCGGUCCCUUCUGUGAUGAGAAGACCAGCCGACAUCGGGUGGGCAAGAGGAUGUGGCCUGAGUGGGCAAGUGCAGCCCGCCAGCCCCCCACCUACUAACCCUGCCCCCACCACAGCCGCUGCGGGGCGGCCAGGCACAGCCCCUCACGGGCACGGAGACCAGGGCACCCAGCAAGUGCCUCUCCUCACCUGAGGGUUCCCUGUUGACGGUUAGAGGAAGGGAAGGGAGACAGACACAUGGACAUGACACACGGACCAGUUGCCUCUCACCUGCGCCCCAACCUGGGCCCGAGAUCAAACCUGCAACCGAAGUAUGUGCCUCUGACCAGACUCGAACCCAUGACCAUCCAGUCUGUGGGCUGAAGCUCUAACUGCUGAGCCAAACCAGCCUUAAUUCACAUGUCGAGUCUGUUCCCAUUUAGGACACUGGUCUGUCCUGGUCCCUACAGACUGAGAUCCCCCCACCCGGGGCUCCUGCUGGGCAGCCAGCUUUUCCGAGUUUCCUAACCCUGAGGCCACAGACCCCCUCAGAGGCCGGCGCUGGGACAGCCGUCACCCAUGUCCAGCUACUUCCUGCCACAUACUGUAUCUUCCAGGUUUUAAACCGUUUAACUUGUGCCAGAGACAGAACUUCGCCCUAAGUCCCCUUAAGAAGCGAAUUCCACAGUAGGCCAUAGGCUGGGGCCACCCGCCCGGGCCAGGCCCUCGGUCUCCGUGGCACCCCCGCGGCAGUGCAGACGGGCCUGGGCCGAGGCCGCUCCCUAGGGCGAGUUGUCCAGCAACAGACGCUGUUCUCCGCGGGAGUGAAGGUCACGGGCCACUGGCGGGGCCGGCCUGAGCAGCAGACCCCAGACGGGAGGCCCAGGGCAGGCCACCACCAGCCCCGAAAUCCUUGACUUACACUCAGCCAAGCGCACAGCUUCCCGCCGCACCGGGCCUAAGCGCUUACAAGGGCGACGGUGUGAGAGGUGAGGCAGUCUGAACUGGCCUCCGCCGGGCAAGGGCGGCUCUGUGGGUCAGAGCCCCGUCCUGGCACCAAAGGGUUGUGGGUUUGAUGGGGGGGAGGGGGCACAUACAGGAGGCAGCUCACAGCUGUCCCUCUGACAUCGAUGUAUUUCUCCCCCCUCCUCUCUCUAAAAUCAAACGAAUAAACACGUAUCCUGGGGGGAAGUUUUAAAAAGCAGGAGCUCAAGCCCAGAAACGCGGUAACCCCCAAUGUCAGAAACCCUACGGCAGCCGGGAAGCUGCUCGGCCGCAGUCUGCACCCGACGUGAGAACGGACGGCGCACAGCUCCGCGCCGCCCCAGCCCUGCCUCGCUCUGCCCACCCUGCGCCUGGGCAGAGGUCCCCGCGGGCGCCUCUGGAUAAAGACUCCAUGAGAAGGGCACACCGUCUUUAAUAAAGUUUGAAUUAAAAAGUCA